UGCUCAUCUGCGUCUCUUAACCUUCCUCUCCGGGUCUGUUUCUGUCAGAGUGAAGAGCUCAGACGUCGCCGAGCGGAACAGGAUGCAGGCUAUCAAAUGUGUGGUCGUGGGAGAUGGGGCUGUGGGUAAAACAUGUCUUCUCAUCAGCUACACAACCAAUGCCUUCCCCGGGGAGUACAUUCCUACUGUGUUUGACAACUACUCAGCUAAUGUGAUGGUGGACAGCAAGCCAGUCAACCUGGGCCUCUGGGAUACAGCCGGACAGGAAGAUUAUGACAGGCUCCGCCCACUGUCCUACCCACAGACGGAUGUUUUCCUAAUCUGUUUCUCCCUGGUGAGCCCAGCAUCCUAUGAGAACGUCAGAGCUAAGUGGUACCCGGAGGUCCGCCACCACUGCCCCUCCACACCCAUCAUCCUGGUGGGCACCAAGCUGGAUCUGAGGGAUGAAAAGGACACCAUCGAGAAGCUGAAGGAAAAGAAGCUGGCACCCAUCACCUAUCCGCAGGGCCUGGCUCUGGCUAAGGAGAUAGAUUCAGUAAAGUACCUGGAGUGCUCAGCCUUGACUCAGCGCGGCCUGAAGACUGUGUUUGAUGAGGCCAUCCGGGCCGUCCUCUGCCCUCAGCCCACCAAGGUCAAGAAGAAGCCCUGCUCCCUGCUGUAAAUGAUUCUUGAAUGACCAGAGAAGAAGAGAGGAAGACUGCCCUGGGUUUUAAAGAAGAUUGGAAAAUUCUGUCUCCUAUAGAAAACAAGUUUAAAAAAAAAAAGAUUACACACACUUUGGCAGUUAAUUAAACUGUAACAAACGUUUGUGUACAGCAUAAUCUGAGACUGAUUUUUAAAAGUGCCUUAGAGAUGACGCAGCAGACGGGAGUUCUCUUAAAAACAGUUUAUUAGAGUAACUCUCCAGUGUGCACGCUAUGGAUUCAUCCUAUGAGCUUCAGUGGGAGAACAGGAGCAGCAUGGUAAAGUACCAAACAUAUAUGAAACUUAAAAUAAUAUUAACAUUUAUUACUUAAUGCAGAUACAGUGUUUCAGGAAGAUUAGUUCACGUGGUGGUGUUUUUGGAGUCAGGAAUGAGUCUUUUAUUGUUUUUUUUUGUUGUUGUUUAUCUGAGCAGAAAGCCAAACAAUGUUAUGUUUCCAUAAAAUGUUUUAACAAAUGUAUUAUUUGUUGUGAUUUUAAAAUAAAAGACAUUUGAUCAAGUAAAAA